UCAUUAAUCAAUACAGAAUGACAGGCGAAAUUAUCAUAUAGUGUAAAGUGUUGCAUAAACUACAAAUGGAACUAUUUGCGGUAUAGUAUUUUCGAGUCUAGUCAAUACGGGUACCGGCGUUUAAAGAAAUAAUUUCAAUAAGUAGUCAAUUGCAAACAGCGACAUGGUAGUCGGUGCUUUUCCUGCCGCCAAACUUGGCGUUCUUGCUAUGAAACAAAUAUCAAAACCUAUUGCUACUUUACUCAAGGAACGAGCCAAAAACAGUCCAUUUUUUCGAAAGUAUGUUUGCAUGCCUCCGGCUCAAUUUUACAACUGGAUGGAGGUCAAAACCAAAAUGUGGGCCAUGAAUUUAGGCAAACCCACCAAUGUGCCAGUUCUGAAUGAAGCAAUGGCCAUUGAAUUAGGAGCAAAUCUUUUGGGAGAAAUAGUGAUUUUUACCAUUGGGGCCGGAUUACUUCUACUAGAAUAUCAAAGACAAGUACGCAAAGAAGCCAACAAAGAAGAAAUUGUUAUUCAAGAGAAGCUAGAAUUACAAGCUACGAUCAACGAGUUAAUAUUUCAGGUACAACGACAAGAUACGCAGAUAAGAGAAAUGGCAAGAGUAGUGGCAGAUCUAGAAUCCAAAUCAUCAUGGAAGCCCAAAAUUCUUUCCGAUUUCACCAGCAAAAAGAAUAGCACAGAGCAACCCCUGUACAUCCGGGAGGAGCCAAUAUCUAUCGCAAACCACAAUAAAUAUCCUGUCAAGGGUAACAUAGGGCUGGUUAUGAAAGCUUUAAAUUUAAUUGAAAACGAAGUUUUUUAUAGAGUGAACGAUUCGAUUGAAGAGAAAGCAGAAACAGGUCGACGAGCAGGUAUCGUCACUAAAUCGCUGGCUUAUCUUUUGAAAGAGACUACCUACAGUAGAUAGAUUUCGCUUAGUUGCAGUAAGUGAACAGUAAUAGUUGUAAAUAGAAAGCAAAUCUGUAUAAUCUUGCUGCAACUUGAAAA